ACACACACACACACACACACACACUGUGACAUGUAUUUAUACACGGCAGUAUAGAUUCAUGAUGUCAGUGGAUCGGUAAAGAACUAUAGGAUGGGCGGAAUCCUCUAUUUCCUCUUCAUGUCUCUCUCAGUUUUGGUGAGACUCGUGACAGAAACUGGUGGAUCGAGUUUGAAUCCGGUUUUAUCCGGCCCCAGUAAGGCCUAUCUGAAAUCUCAAGUCCAGUUUCACUGUGAGGUUAAAGGGUGGUCUUCACCUCUGACCUAUGAACUCCGAAAGGAUGCAGGGAUUCUGAUAGCAACAGAAGAAAAUGCCAAGGUCACGUUCAGCCUAAAGGUUACAGAGGGGUCAGAGGGCAAGUACUACUGCAGGGUGACUACAGGAGGUCAAACCAGCAACACUGUACAGUUACAAGCAGUGAUUCCUGUCGUAGGAGCCAGUUUGAGGUCAGUUCCUGAUCCACCGAUCAUCUAUGAAGGAGAACGACUCGUCCUGAGCUGUCUCGUCAGGAAAGGGACACAUUUGUCCUACACAUGGUACCAUAAACAGGAAGUGGUAGUGCCCUCUGAUCUCUAUCGGCUGUCUGAAAACACACUUACAGUGGACACCGUGAGUGAACAUCACGCUGGGAUGUAUUCAUGCACUGCACAAAACCAGGUGCUGGUCAACCCGAGAUCCUCCAGCAGCAGAAGUCUCAACGUCAUUGUGAAAAAAUACAUCUCAACGCCUAAGUUGUCAUUUACGGUUUUCUAUAACGGCUCAGCUUUGAUUGCCAACAUUAGCUGCCGUGUGGCACGUGGAAGUCCGCCACUGACUUUCCGCUUUCUCUUAAAUGACGAGGAGAUGGACGUGAAACGUGUGGAUUCACUGGACACAUGGUUUGUUUUGCCCGUCGCUCUGAAAGUGAGAUCUGCUCAAUGCAAAGCUGAGACGCAAACACAACAGCUCAUCUCAGAUCCGCUGCAGCUGGAAGUGGUUCCAGUAGGUGGCGCUGUGAAUGUGAUGGUAACAUACCUCCAUAACGCAGAUGCAGAGGUGGCAGCAGCCCAACUCUCAUGUGUGCCCACCAGAGGAACAUUUCCUGCCUUCUCCUGGUCUCUGAAUCAUUCUUCCCUGCCAGCAGAGGGCGACUCUCACGUUCUCACUCAACACGGGCAGAUCUUGUUCCUCACAGACAUCAACGCGGCGAGCCCGGGGUAUUACCGGUGUCAGGCGAGAGACAGUUUUGAUGACAACUCAACCUGGGUGGAGAGUGAGGAAAUCCUAAUAAAGAAGACAGAUUUGCGAGCGACACCCAUGGAGGUCAUUGCUAUAGUUUUCUGUGGUUUCUUAUCUAUGGUCAUUAUUGGAGGAACAUAUUGUAUCCUACGAAACACCAACAGUGGAAACCACAGCAGUAACCAGGAAGUGAACCAAUCUGAGACGACGAGCAAUACACAGCGAGUUCCAGUAACUGAUAUUUCCUAUGAAGCUCAAGCUGUAGAAAUGAAGACCAUCAUCAAGGAGUUCGAGGUAUAGAGGUAGAACUACUCGACUGGACAUACGAGAUUUUGUGGAGGUUUCUGAACAUUUCAGCCCAUUAUGAACGAAAUCACCUCAGUUCCCCGCUGAAGAGACCAGCUUAAGUCUAAGAUCUGUUGGUCUUAGCAGGUUUAAUUUGGACACUCAGACUGGUCAAGCUGGUUUUUGGCUGAUCUAGGUUGGCUGCCAAGCUGUCAAGAGCACAAAAUCCCUCUAAAACCACCAAACUAGACCAGUAUUUCCAGUGUACCAGAGCUUGGUGGCCAUCUAAGACCAGCAAACCACCUCAGGCUGGUUUAUUUUUAAGAACAUCCUGUUCGGGGCCUGGGUAGCUCAGUGAGUAAAGAGUCAGGUCUCCUAAGAAACCAAAUUGGCCCGGUUGCUAGGGAGGGUAGAGUCACAUGGGGUGACCUCCUCG